AUGAAAGAAUUUAAGAUUUGCUUCAAUGAAUUAGCUACAGAACCAGAAUGUAGAGUAAUCAUUCUUUCAGGUGUUGGCAAAGCAUUUACUGCAGGUAUUGAUAUAAAAGACAUAAUGAAAUUAGGUCAAGAAUUAGCAGAACAUGAAGAUGUUGCCCGAAAAUGCAAGAUUUUACAGUUAAAAAUAAAAGAAUAUCAAGAGAGUUUUAGUGCAAUAGAACAGUGCCCAAAGCCUGUGAUUGCAGUUGUACAUGGUGCAUGCAUUGGAGCUGGUAUAGAUAUGAUAUCUGCUGCAGACAUUCGUUAUUGUACUUUGGAUGCAUGGUUCCAAGUAAAAGAAGUUGCUUUAGGUAUGGCUGCUGAUGUAGGUACAUUGCAAAGGUUUCCAAAAAUUAUAGGUUCUGAUAGCUUAGUUAGGGAGCUUGUAUAUACUGCAAGGAAAUUUACAGCAACUGAAGCUCUACAAUAUGGAUUUGUAAGCCGGUUACUUGAUAAUCAAGAAAGUUUAUUGAAUAAUUCAAUGACACUUGCAGAAGAAAUUGCAAAUAAAAGUCCAGUUGCAGUACAAUGUUCAAAAUUAAGCUUAAUUUAUUCAAGAGACCAUUCUGUUCAAGAGGGUCUUGAUCAUAUUGCUGCAUAUAAUCAAACUAUGCUUCAAAGUGAAGAUUUUAUAAAUGCUGCUAUGUCACAAGCUACUAAAGGUGAUCCACCACUUUUUUCGAAGCUUUGA